AUGCCAAGAGCUAGAAGAGGCGUACUAGUACAAUGUGAUCCUUCGAUCAAAGCUCUUAUUGUACAAAUCGAUGCUCAACGAAGUGAUAUCAUACUGGAAGAACUGGACGAUACUCAUCUUCUGGUGGAUCCAUCCAAAGUGGACUUUAUAAAACAAGAACUUAACAGGCUGCUUUCCAAGAAUAUAUAUAAUGCAAUGGAUGAAGAGGAAAAUCAAUAA